ACGUGAGUAAAUAACUAACUAAACAGACCUAUUUUCGCAAAACCCGCCACGUAAUCUUCAGCACAGGAUACAGCAAUCUCUAGGCGCAAUCACGAAGGAGCUCUCUCACUCAAGAGUGAAACUGAAACAUUGAAAGCUUCACCUCCACACUCGCUCGCCCCGAUCCGAAAAAAAAACCACCGUUAUUUAAGAUCCGAAUACCAAAAUGGGCGGUAAAGAAUCAGCUUGCUCUUGUUCGAGUUUAUGGUUAGCUCCCAAUCCAAGCAAGAGAUGGGGGGAGCUCUUCUUCCUUCUCUACACUCCUUUCUGGCUCACUCUCUGCUUGGGAAUUGUCGUGCCCUUGAAGCUCUACGAGAGCUUUACGGAAUUGGAGUAUUUGCUGAUUGGAUUGGUUUCAGCAGUCCCUGCUUUCUUGUUGCCAAUGCUCUUCGUUGGGAAGGCAGAUAGCAGCUUGUCUUGGAAGGAUCGUUAUUGGGUCAAGGCCAGCCUGUGGAUAAUAAUUUUUAGCUAUGUUGGGAAUUACUUUUGGACCCACUAUUUCUUCUCAGUUUUGGGAGCUUCGUAUACUUUCCCAUCAUGGAAAAUGAACAAUGUACCACACACUACCUUCCUUCUUACACAUGUUUGCUUCCUAUUUUAUCAUGUCACAUCAAACAUAACGCUUCGCAGACUACGCCAUUUUACUGCUGAAUUGCCAGAACGAGUUCAAUGGGUUACUGAGGCUGCAUGGAUUUUGGCUCUUUCUUACUUCAUAGCAUACCUGGAGACUGUAGCUAUUUCUAAUUUCCCUUACUAUCAGUUUGUCGACCGGGCAUCUAUGUACACAGUUGGGUCCUUGUUUUAUGCCAUCUACUUCAUUGUUAGCUUUCCCAUGUUUCUAAGGAUUGAUGAAAAGCCUGGCAAUCCAUGGGACUUGCCUAGGGUGGCUAUCGAUGCUUUGGGUGCUGCAAUGCUAGUGACUAUAAUAUUAGAUCUGUGGCGCAUCUUUCUGGGACCUAUUGUUCCAAUCCCAGAAACAAAACAGUGUCUUCAACCCGGACUACCAUGGUUCCCGGGACAUGAUGAUCAACGUUGACACCUACUUGCGCAAACCGGGACCUGGGAGUUAGUUCCCUGCCCGAGAAGAUACCAUGCUCCGGGAUUUCUUGUAGUCGAUGGCAUGGCAAUGGUGUUUGUACCAUAUUGAAUGAUUGUUGUAAUUUCCAUCUUCAGGACGUAGAAAGAAUUUGGUAACGCAUACGUUUUUUACAUUCCAUCUUUCACAGUACAUGUGUCGUUGUAGCUUCAUAACUGAUCUGAAUGCUGCUUUCUGAAA